GCUGCCCUCUUUCUCUCUCUUCUCUCCUACUCGCUCCCUCCCUUCCCUCCAUCUCUCUCUCUCUCCCUCUGUAGAUAGUGUAUGUAGCUCCUAUGAAGGCCCUGGCAGCAGAGAUGACAAAUUACUUCAGUAAGCGGUUGGAGCCACUGGGCAUUGCUGUCAAAGAGCUCACUGGAGACAUGCAGCUAACCAAAGGGGAGAUUCUGCGUACACAGAUGCUGGUGUCCACCCCUGAGAAGUGGGACGUGGUGACCAGGAAGAGCUUUGGGGACGUGGCCCUGUCCCAGAUUGUAACGCUCCUCAUCCUGGACGAGGUGCAUCUGCUACACGAGGACAGAGGUCCAGUUCUGGAGAGCCUGGUGGCCAGGACACUACGACGGGUGGAGUCGACCCAGAGUAUGAUCCGUAUCCUGGGUCUGUCGGCCACGCUGCCCAACUACCUGGACGUGCCUCCUCCUCCACGUCAACCCCUACAUCGGCUCUUCUACUUCGACAGCCGCUUCAGACCCGUGCCCCUCGGACAGAGCUUCGUAGGCAUCAAGACCACCAACAAGAUCCAGCAGCUUCACGAUAUGGAGGAGGUUUGCUAUGAGAAGAUUCUGGAGCAGAUCAGAAAUGGACAUCAGGUGAUGGUGUUUGUCCAUGCUCGCAAUGCCACGGUGAGGACAGCCAUGGGGCUGAUCGAGAUGGCUAAGAACCGUGGAGAGUCUUCCUUCUUCCAGCCAGACCAUAGACCAGUGUGACUACGGCCAGUGUGAG